AUGCUUCUCGUUGCCGCAAAUAAAAUGACAGGCUUCGCCAUCGAAUUGUCGUUUUCUAUCAGGUAAUUUUCUUGAAAAAAUAAGUUAUUCAUUAUUUGUUUGAUACAUUUUGAUUUUUAGGGGAAUUCAUUAUUACUCUGGUUGUGAUGGCAUUCAAGCAAUCAUCCAAGACAUCAAUAUUCAAGACGAAAGUUCUGAGCAAAUUGGACAAACCGAAGCAAUUUACCAUAACUUGAAUGUGGAUUUCGAGAAAAAAUGUCCCAUCACUUUUCAAUUCGAAAAAAUGAAAAGAUUACGAGUAGAUCUAUAUGUACUGAAUUCGACAACUGAAAGAAUUAUGGGUAGCUAUGCACAAUGUCAUUUCGAUUUAUCGUUGGUUCUUGCCAGAGGUGGAAAACUUGUUUUACCCAUCCCAAAUACUAGAAGUCUACUCGAAAUAACAGCUCAUGUUCCACAAUAUUAUUCACAAUUUCUAACACUUCAAUUUACCGGAAGCCAUAUUCACUCAAAGGAUGAUUUACCAUUGGCACUCUAUUAUAUUUUGAGUAUCACUACUACAAAUCGAACUAUUCUUUUGCAUAAAAGCGAGAUAAUUCGGGACCAUAAAAAUCCGAAAUGGGUCAUUUUUUCGAUUCCUUUGUAUAUUCUGAAUAUUUACAACGAUGCACCGAUUAGUAUAUAUUGUUAUAAUCAAAUUCCGAAUCAUCCAGAUGAGGUUAUAGGACAUUGUUCAACAACUUUAACUCAACUUCAAAGAGGAGUUGGACAAAAUUCUUUUAUGGUGAGUUAGUUGAUCUUCAACCUUGAAUAUCGUUUUUUUUUCAAAUUAAAUAUAUGUAGAUACUUUCAAACUUCAGAAAAAAUUCCAAAAAAAAAUGUUUCGCGUAUUACAAUUUUGGCUUUUUUGGAACCAGGAUUUAUAGCGAUGAAAAUAAAUAAUAUUUUUCUAGCUGCUGAAUCUCAAUGGAACUAGGAUUGAUGAAAAAUGUUGUAUCGAUUUAAAAUACAUGGAACUAUCUACAGGCCCAACAUUUUUCGAUAUAUUGAAAAAUAAAACAAAUAUUCAUCUAACUGAAGCAAUCGAUUUAACCGCUUCAAAUGGCAAUCCAACUUUAGAAUCAUCUCUUCAUUAUAUACAUCCACAUCGCGCUUCACCAUAUCUCAAAACAAUUGUGAAUAUCACUCCGCCAUUUAUGGCAUAUUUGCCCAAUCCUGAAAAUCCCUUUAUUGGAGCAUUGGGUUUUGGAGCUAAUGUGAAUCAGAGUUUUUCCAAUUGUUUUUUGUUGAAUGGAAGAGUUGAUGAUCAUCGAGUUCCGGGUUUGGUUGGAUUGAUUGAUUCUUAUCGAACGGCCAUUUUGUCGGUUCAACCAUUUGCGCCCACGGAUUUUUCGGAAAUUGUGUAUUAUGUUUCAAAGUGAGUUUUUUUGGAAUGGAAUUAAUUUUGUACAGAAAGCUUUUUAUAGGAAAACAUAGGUUUUUCGAACAAAAACAUUUUUUUAAAGUAGAUCGUCUCUGAUCAAGAAAACAUUUACAAAUUUCUGAAAAAUUGUUAUCAGAAAAAAUAUCGGGCAAUUAAAUAAACAAUUUUUCCCAAUUCUCCCCAACUCAGAAAAAUUUCAGAUUUGCAAAAGCUGAAUCACGCCGAAAAGUUGGCAUCUACUUUGUCCUUCUAAUUUUAUCCGAUGGCGGACCGGCCAAUAAUCAAACAAUGCGAAAAACAAUCGAUUCGUUGGUCGACGCUUCGCCUCAUCCAAUUAGUAUAAUUGCUGUCGGAAUUGGCGAAGAUCGCGAUAUCUCCCCAAUGCGAAAUCUAGAAGGCUUAACUCUAAAACAUUCAGAUGGUAGAAGUCUAGUUAGACAAAAUUACACAUUUUUGGAAGCUUCGGAAAUUGAAACAUCCGAUGCACUUUCAAUGAUUCCACUUCAAAUGAUCCAAUAUGAACAGCUCAAAAAUUAA